UCGCGGCCGAAAAUGAAUCUCCGAUUCCAUCCGUCCCCAUCUGGUCGCGUUCGACCUCGACGCAGCGACGACUCCACCGCCGAGAUCUCCUCCGCGGUCGUCGGGCACAUCACCGCCGCCGACCUCCUCCGCGGUCUGCAGACUGCAGGGUAGGCAAUAGGCUGCUGGAAUAUGGACCGAGAAGGCAGGGAUGACCAUGAAGGGGUGAAUGUUGUUGGAUUUGAAGUCCCAGCUUCACCAGAGGCUAGCUACAACAACCCUGUUCCUGGAAAUGAAGAUGAAGCUCGGGAGCCCCCAGUGGUUCCUCCUCAUCUCCAGCAUACAUUAUUGAGCUUCCCACCAAGCCAUGAUGAUUCAAGCAGGCUUCCUCAGCCGCAAAAUGUAGUACUCAACCACCUUUACAUAGAGAAAGAGAACACAAGAUCCGUUGUUGCUCUGGGGAUUACGCAUCGGUUCAGGGCCAAAUUUGUGACAGUUGUGCUUUACAAGCCAGUGCACAGGCGGUAGGGUGUGAUUUGAGUUGUUUACCUUGUUCCUGCUUCCAUUUCACUGCAUAGGAAUGGUAAUUAAACACCCUUGGGUUGUGACCCAUCGAACAAACAGAACCCCCUGUUGUAGUCGUGCAGAUUCUGCAGAAACAGAAGAGCACCCAAUUGUUGUAGUCGUGCAGAAACAGAGGUUAAAACCUAGGCUGUGGAUCAUUUCCGAAUGAUUUGGUCCUGUACUUAAUUGGCUGUUUGUUGGGGAUGACGGUCCGAUUGGAUGAUAGUUAUGAUCUGUGCAACUUAACUCUGUUGUGUUGUUGACAGAUGGUGAGAAGCUGUCUAUUAAGUGA